AUGCGGUCAUCUCAAGAACUUCCUGUGGAUACAGCCCAGAAAGACGUCCAGGCCAACAUUGCUAUCCCUUCUACUGCGGACCUUAGAGUUACAGUGACAGGUGUCAACCAGUCCAAACGACGAAAGAGGACGUUUCGAGUCAUUGAGCGCCCCGAUGGUGUCAUCGUUGAAUGUCCUAGCUACCGAAAAAGCCUCCCAACGCUCACACCAGAGCGACAUUUGCAAAAGAAGCCGGUGGUUUUGCCCAUCCCUUCCGAACCAUCGAAGCCCAUGUUGGGAGCAAAUGCUUGCAAGAACAAGGAGGAAUUGCUAGGAAUCGGUGCCUUUGCAGGUGGUACAGGUAGAAUAGGACAGGAAGAUUUUGCGGCAUCUAGGGGAGGCUACAACGCACAAGCCAACAACACAGAGGAGCUGAAGUUGGAAAGAUAUGUGGAAGAUGCAUACAAUGGAGUGGCACCAAUGGAACGUUUUCUCGCUGAAUCUGGAUUAUGGAGUCCCCUGUCGCGACGAUCGGUAUGA